AUGUCGUGUCGAAGUACACGCUCAAGAGCUGCUAAAAUCACACUCGAUGAGCCCGUUGAACACACUAGGAAAAUAACAGACGUUUUCAAGGUAACUAGGGGACGCGCAAGACUGCAAAAGAAAUCUCUAUGUAGCGCAGAACCUGUACAGGGUGGAAAAUGUUUGUUGACGUCUGAAGAAAUUAAACAGCCUUCAAGCGGUGGUGUUUGUUCUACAGCUGUGAACGAAAGUGUAUGCUCUCCACCGAAACGUGUGAAGAAGAGUGAUGAUUCCAAGAUGGUUCGUAGCGCACGGAAGGUGUUGUUUGGCUCUCAAAUAAGUUCUGAAGAAUUGGAUACCGUGAAAGGCGAGCAAGAUGCGGAGUCGAAAAAUGGAGAGGCAUUUGCGAUUAAACUGGGACCUGGAAUGGUUUCUAGUCAAGUCGAAGCAGAUGUAGUGCAUUCAUCUACUACGAAGCUGGAACCAGGUGUUCCUUCGUUAACCUCAUUGGCCGAGAACAAGAAAGACGCAUCUCCGAUACAAAUGAAGUCUGGAAAGGCUCCUGGUGUAGUCGAAGUGGUUGUCGGUACAGUAUCUUCACCUUCCACGAAACUGGAACCAGAUGUGGUUCUCCCUGCGUUGAAUCCACUGCUAACCAAAGCUGACGAAUUAUGCAAAAAGCUCAGCUCCACAACUGCGCAGAGUAAGACACGGGCUCGAAUACGAAACGUUGCUGAGUUGCAAGCUGUGCUUGCGCAGAAGGAAUGCCUCAAGAAGAUCCACGAGCAGUCGCAGCGAAAUAGAUCCAAGCAGGUGGAAGAACAUGCUAAGCUUCUGAAAUCUCCAACUAAGCCGACAAGUUUGGCCAUUAUCAAAACGAAAACAGUCAAAGAUAAAAGGACUGAGCAGUGCCCUCACUCUGUUCCUAAGGAUAUUCCUGAAUUCGUGCUCCCUAGUCACACCAAGACGGAAAAAGACAUAGAAGAAUUUGAAUUGGAUGAUAAAAGACAUGUUUUUGAAUAUGGUAAGGCUUCGCGUCUAGUGGAUGAAGUGAAGAAAAAUUCAGCGUUGCCACUCCCUCUUCAGUACGAGCGCCUCUUGGAAACAUUUCAAUGUUGCGAUAGAGUUGUUUCAAUCUACACUUCGCAAGGACGAAGAUGUGUUGUUUCUGAAAUCCAAAAAAAUGUGGAGAAGAACACCCAGAUAAGUUUUACGCGCAAGAAUUUGGCUCAAAUAAUUCAUGUCUAUCCAACAUCUUAUGAUGUUCGCAUCGAAAAACGUUGGAAUCCUUUUGGUGGCGAGUCGAAGUGCGGGAAAUUUGAUCUGAUAAUGGCUGCUAAUCUCAAUGAUGAUUUAUCGGGGUAUUUGCUGCCAGACUCGCCGGUUAAGGCGGACAAACUUCCCUUACCAACAGUCACUCCCAAGAAGCUACUUUCUCCAAGGAAGAAAGUUGUUAAUGUAGUGCCCAGAGAUCCAGUGCUUGACGGGAAACCUCGCCUCGAAGGAUGGCGCAUGACAUGCCGUUGCCAUGUUUUUCGUCACAAACUCGUUGAAAUCGCCAAGAAGUUCCAUAAAAAGUUUAUUGAAAGAAUAGGCUUGUCAAUGAGUGAGUCUGAGCAUUCGAAGUUGCGUCGAUUCCAUCCAAAGUUUGAUCUAGACUCCGAAUGCGAAAAAAUACCUGAGGCGGAGAUUCCUGAUGUACCUCAUGAUGAUGUGGAGCAUCGUCUUGAAAUGCGCGAUUAUUUCGCUUCAGUCGAUACCAGCGUUGCUCUCCCGAAGGCCAUCAACACUGUAAUCGAGGAGUUAAAAAGUCCUGUGAAAAGGAUAGUCAACUCAGAAGCAUCCGUGCCGCUUUCACCGCGACAAUUUGCCGAAAAACAAGCGUCCAAACCUAAAGGAGCGAUAUCUCUGCUCGAAAGGAUACGCGCGAAAGAAGCAGCUAAAAAAGCAGCUGAGAGUUUGCGUGACCCAGUUGUUGAGAGGAAACUGGAGAUAUUAAAUCGGAUUCUUCACGGCCUCCUGAGAUGUAUUACAACGUAUUUUGCAUUCAAAAAAGUGCGGUCGAUGGAAAUGGGUGUGUUGUCCGAGCAAAUUACACGAAGUCAAUCAUCUAUGAACCGCUCAUUGAUACUGGAACACGUCACUGUCCUCUGCGAAGUUGCGUCCGACUGUGUGGCUCUCACGGAUGUCGCAGGCAAAAAAUACUUGCAAAUCAAGAAUAAUGAUUAUUUGACGUUAGAAAAGUUGAUACAAGAUGAAAUUUCUCGUCUCCGAGGUGCUCCCCCGCCGCAUGGUUCAGGUAUUGCUAUAGUGAAAAAGCCUGCUGUCAGAGCUUUAUUCUAG